AUGUGGGAGCAGCAGUCCAGCAGCCCUGAGGAGGCUGCAGCCCUCAUUAAGGGGCUAAGGUCUCAGCCCCUAGUCCCAGUGAGGAGGCUAGCACACAAGACAGAGGCGGGAGAGGGACAGGAGACUCCCUCAGACGCCCUCCCGGCCUCCCUUUCAGCACUGUCAGAAGAUGGGAGUGAGGGUCCGGAGCUGCUUGGUGUGCAGGAUGAGGCCCGAGGCAGGCUAGUGCAGUGUGGCAAGGUGUUCAUCCCGAGCUCCUACCGCCUGCACAGGGGCGCCGAGGGUGGCAAGGCCUUCGCCUGGAGCCCCAACCUCAGCCAGCACCAGCGCAUUCACAGCGGGGAGUCACGCACACACAGCGGCGAGCGGCUCUUCGUCUGCACCGAGUGCGGCCAGGCCUUCAUCCCUGGCGCCAACCUGGCCGAGCACCAGCGCGUGCUCACCGGCGAGAAGCCUCACUACUGUCACAUUUGUGGGAAAGGCUUCAAGCAGCGUUCGGCCCUCAUUGUGCACGAGAGGACUCACACCGGGGAGAAGCCCUACCCAUGCAGUGCGUGUGGGAAAGUCUUCCGGUGCCGGUCCAACCUCAUCGAGCACCAGAGGAUCCACACUGGCGAGAAGCCCUAUGAAUGUGAUGAAUGUGGGAAGGUCUUCAUUCAAAACUCCACCUUCACACUGCACCAGAGGACCCACAGUGGCGAGAAGCCAUACAAGUGCAAGGAGUGUGGCAAGGCCUUCCGGGGGAGCUCGGACCUGCGGAAACACCAGCGAAUUCACACGGGCGAGAAACCCUACCAAUGUCAGGAGUGUGGGAAAACCUUCCGGUGGAGUUCACCCCUGAUACGUCACCAGAGGACGCACAGUGGCGAAAAGCCAUACCAGUGCAUUGAGUGUGGCAAGGCCUUUGGGCAGAGCUCCACCCUCAUUGAGCACCAUAAAAUCCACACAGGGGAGAAGCCCUACGAAUGUUUAGACUGCGGCAAGGCCUUCAAGGGGAGCUCGGACCUCAGCCAGCACCAGCGGAUCCACACGGGCGAGCGGCCCUACUCGUGUGCAGAGUGUGGGCGCACCUUCAUGUGGAAGACAGCACUCGUCACGCACCAGCGGACGCACAGUGGGGAGAGGCCCUACGUGUGCGGCCAGUGUGGCAAGGCCUUCAUGCAGAGCUCGCAGCUCAGCCAGCACCAACGGAGUCACACAGGGGAGAAACCCUACGAGUGCCCGGAGUGUGGGAAGGCCUUUAGUGUGAGCGCGUACCUUGUGGAGCACCAGCGGAUCCACACGGGCGAGAAGCCCUAUGCCUGCCUGGAAUGCGGCAAGGCCUUCAUCCAGCGCUCACACCUCACCCAGCACCAACGGAUCCACACGGGCGAGAAGCCGUAUGCCUGCGGCAAGUGCGGCAAGGCCUUCCGAUACAGCUCCUACCUCCUCCAGCAUCAGAAACUCCACACCAGGGACUAG